AUGCGGCGGCUGUGUUGGGUCCUCCCUCGCUGGGCUGCCAGUAAUUACUGUAGGUCUUUCAAACCGACCUCGGGCGAGUUCAACGUGACCAUUGCUGCGCCCAUCUGGGAAGCGACGAAUCAGGCCAUCCACAACAUGCUGCCAGGCAACUUCCCAGUGUAUACCGUGAACGCGACUGGUGGAAAGCACGUUGCAGCCGGAUUCGACUCUGCAAGAGUGAAUAAUAACCAGCGAGGGAUUAAUAACCCAGGCCUUUAUCUUGGCUACCGGCGUGCAAGGUCUUCCACUGGCACUUCCCAGGACCGAGGUAAUAACGAGACAAAGAUCAAGGGGCUUUUUAGGCCAACUACACCAACCGAGCUAUCCGUGUCGGAGUUGGUCAAUUUUUGGCUUGAUAAUUCCGGGUAUUAUGAGGGGAUUGCCCAGAUGAAGAAGCAACUCACUGACAAGCUCAGUCACAAGGAUACGGCCCCGGCCAGGCCCUGGGCAGGUCCGUGGCAAGCAGACUGGCGCAACGAUGGGUUCGGCGAGGACAGCUACGGGUUCCUUUUGUCUGCCAAGCAAAAGUAUGACCCCGAUAGCGUCUUUUGGUACUGGCGGUGCGUGGGAAACGACGCCUGGGCGGAAGCGUGGGCCCAAGAGACUGGUGGCGCACUGUAUCGCCUCUCGACCGAGACGGGACUUCCAUGCGGCCGAGAUAAGAUCCGACCGGACCGAGACAGGUCCACUGCAGCUGUCAUCCUCCUCCUUGUAUCAGAAAACCUUCGCAGCCUCAAUCCAUUCUUAUGUUGUCUCGGCGCAACGGUACUAAGCUUUUACCGGGCCGGCGACUUCGACCCACUCGGCCGGAAGGGAGGGCGAAAAGUCCGUUCCUUGAAACAGCAGGGCUCGCCUCCCUCGAUCCCUGUCUCUGGCCCUCAUCCUGGAUAG